AUGAAACCACUUCUCCGCACACAAUGGCUCCGGACUACCCCGAGUCGAUCUUUCUUUCACAUCGCGAACUCUGGAUCUCGUAUAGGGACACCAUGGAGACACUCUGCGCAGAUUGGGAGCCUGCACGCGAGGCGGAUGCACGAGGCUGUGGCCGCGGAGGGCUCACCCGCCAGUUCCUCGCGGGAGGAGACUGCGCCUCGUGAAAAGGAAGAGGAACAUGAAGCAAAAAAGACUCGGCCUGCAGACUCUUAUGGAAAGAGAAAGUCCUUCGAGCCCAGUUCCACCACAGACGAAAACGAAGUGCUUGAUAAACGGACGCUACUGCGGCGGCUUGUUCGGAGGGAAUGGGUGCCGCAGAGGUACCUCGUUCCUCGCACCGUGUUGAAUGCAGAGUUGAAAUGGUUGCGUGACCCACAUGCGCUGGCUGAGCGCGUCCGGCGUUGUCUGGCAGACGGACACCUGGCGCUUGGUCUGAAGCUCAUUCAAGUGGCCCAUCAAAAACGUUUCAAAGCCAUUCCGGCUUUUAAUCGGCUGCUGGAGUAUCUCAUGCGUGAGAAGGAGCCGGAGCUUGCCUUCAGAGCUUGGAAUGAUAUGAAAAAGCGAGGUAUGGAACUGAACUCGAGGUCUUACACUAUCUUCCUGAACGGUCUCAGCCAGAACUUCGAUAUCAGAGGCUUCAAGCCGGUGAAGUUGGCCUCUAAGAUCUACAUGUCGCUCUACGCCGAGGGUUCCCACGUCGAACCCCAUAUCAUUCACGCCAAUGCAAUGCUCAAGGUCUGCUGGUGGCAUCGAGAUAUGGAGGUUCUAUGGGAGGUUGCUGGUGCACUGCCGGAGUCCGGCAAACUAGCUCCGGAUCUAAUGACCUAUACCACAUUGUUAGGGGCUGUUGCAGGCAGUACGAGGGCCGCAACAUCGGAGUUGUAUAAGGGAAACAUCAAGACGGCGGAAAGAAAACAGGUUGAAGUUGAGCCGCUUCUGCAAAGGAGAGCUCAGGGUAUCCAGGAAGCCAAACGGGUCUGGGCCGACAUCGUUUAUCAAUGGAAGAAGGGCCAGGUGCCCAUGGACAACUAUCUGGCUCACGCCAUGGCCCACAUGUUGCAGGAGAACUCAAGCUGUGACCACGAUGUCUGGUGCGUGUUCGCAUUGUACAAUCAAGCUGCCGGUAUUCCGAUCUUCGCGGAAGAGCCCCCGAAGGAAAGGAUAGAGUCAACUUCGGAAAAGAAGCGAGUAUCUUCUCCGCACAAUGAUGCGGAUUUGGAAGACGAUAUCCCUUUCGUCGACGAGGGAGACAGAUUACACGAUACCGAACCCGAGGAGAUCGAGGAUGUGGAGGCCGAGGAGAAUUUUGAUCACCUUUUUGACCCCGUUGUUGGCACGGUGAAGCCGCCUGCGAAGACGAGGCUCUCGAUGUGGGAUGAAGCAACUCUCCCGCGGUAUAUUGAGGUGGGAAACAGGGAAUUGACUAUGCUUCUCAAAGCCUGCCUGUCGAUAACUCAAGGUACAGCUGCCGCAAAGGAAUACUGGCGGUAUCUUACGCAAGGAGAUGAGCCCAAGGUCGUACCUGAUGCGGUUAGCUAUCACGCGUACCUACGCAUCCUCCGUGCUGCGCGGGCUAGUCGUGAAUCCGUGGAGGUAGUACGCAACAUGACUCGAGACCCCACCGGACCUACAGAAGGAAAGACCUUCCGCAUAUCCAUGGCCUCAUGUACUCGGGACCGCAGAAACCCCAACGUGUUCAGACACGCCAACGAGCUUCUGGAUCUCAUGGCCAACGGCACCGCGCUUCCCGAUGCUCGGUCAAUCACCCAAUAUCUCGACUUGGUCCAUUCACUGGAGGAUAGUCCGGAUCUGCUGAUGUCCCUCGCUGGCCUUGAAUCGGGGGCAGAUGCUAAAUCGAACAACCUCAGCGCGCUGGGAGUGAAGCUGAAGGCCAGCCUAAUCACUUCUGCCGCAGAGCGACUCUGUCCCCUGAUUCGGGACCUCGAUGAAGCCGUGUCCAGUGAGCUGUUGGGAGAAAAGUCUCGACAGUCCUACCUGGCCCGGAUAGCCAAGACCAACCCGUCGGCCGCGAUCAGAGGAGACGAUGCCCUUAAGGCGCUUACCAUGACACGAAGGUUAUUCGACUCGGUCAAGGAAGUCAAGCAACAUGUACCCCCGGAGACCUUCAAGGAGGUGCAGCGCCACGCCGAGCUUCUGAAGAAAUACUCUGACAAGAGCAUUAUCCCGAAGUUCCGGAACACUCUGGUUGGAGCAACGGCGGAGCAGAUGAACAGACUCGCCGAGCGAGAAGUCCCAAGCGCCUGA